ACUCGAAUCAACCGGACCGUUACCUCUAACAGGCUUCCCUCUUCUUCGUAGGUUUCUUAGUUAGUUCUCAGUUCUUCGUUCUCGUUCUUGUUCUUCGGGCCGGUUCUUCUCCGUGCCGUUUCCACCGUUUUUGUUCUUACAAUUUACAUUUACAACACAAACUUUCAUUCUUUCACGGUUCGCGGACAAGCGAACAGGUUUCUCUGUUUAGCGGGGAUUUGACAGCGAAACAAUUCGUGUGUAUAUUAUGUGAAAAAGCGAGAUUUUCCAGCGCGUUUUCCACGUUUAACGAUCCGGAGUUUCCUCGAUAAUGGAGAUGAAAUUCGCGUUAGUGGUUUAUUCCUUGGGAUUAAUCGUCGUGCGAACGAACGCUCAAGGUACGAAAUGCAACCAUCCGGCGGUGCCGCUCAACUCCAGGGUGACCUUGAGCACCCCCGAACCUCAAGUGGGUACCGUGGCCUCUUACCAAUGCGACGAAGGCUACGAGACCUUCGGAGACACCAAAGCCACCUGCUCGCCGGCCGGAAAAUGGAUAGGGGAACCUCCUUUUUGCGAUCUACUAGAUUCCUCCAGAGAGAACCAAGAUCUAAUAGAUCCCUUCAGAGAGGACCAAGAUCUACUAGAUCCCUCCAAAGAGGUCCAAGCGGGCCAGUUAGGACCCAUCCAACGUCCGGCCAAUCAAUCGACCACCGUGAAGGGCGGCUCAGCUCUAAACGCCAACGACGGCGACAAGAGCACCGAGCACGACGGCAAAAGGUGCUCGGAGACGCAGAAGGAGACGAGCCCCUGGUGGCAGGUCGAUCUAUUGAAGCCCUAUGCGGUCAAAGCCAUCCGGAUCACGACGAGAGGAUGCUGCGGACAUCAGCCUUUGCAGGAUUUGGAGGUGCGGGUGGGUAACAGCAGCGGGGAUUUGCAGAAGAACCCGUUGUGCGCUUGGUUUCCUGGUACUAUCGAUGAAGGUGUUUCGAAGACUUUGGUGUGCGCUAGAGUGCUGGUUGGUCAGCAUGUUUUUCUACAGUUGGUGGGGGUGGAAGGGUCGUUGUCUUUGUGCGAAGUUGAGGUCUUUUCCGCCGAUGAAUUCUCCAUCGACCGAUGCGUACCGAAGAACUCGCCGGACGAGACCGAACUGGCCACUUUCAGGCAAACCUGCUACAAAUUCGAAACCGCCAAAGGCGGCUCGUUCGCCGACGCUCGAACCACCUGCAGGAACCAAUACGGGGACCUGGUGCACUCCAUCUCCCCAUCGGACAACAUCUUCAUCCACUCCGAGCUGGACAGGAGAAAGUCCAAGAUGCGCACGCAAUUCGUGUGGAUCGGCGCCCAAAAGGAACCCAGCGUGGUGUCCAGAACAUGGAAAUGGGUCGACGGGGAAUUGGUGCAGAGGCCUUCGUGGGGUAAAGACCAACCCAAUAACUACAAUGGUGAACAAAAUUGCGCUGUAUUGGACGGCGGUAGACAAUGGUUGUGGAACGAUGUCGGUUGCAACUUGGAUUACUGUCAUUGGAUUUGCCAACAUGGUCCCUUCUCGUGCGGUAGCCCCGAUAAACUCGCCAACACCACCAUCAUCAACUACAACAACGACAUCGGAUCCACCAUAGAGUACCGAUGCCCACCAGGACAUAUGUUAGUCGGCGACAGCACCAGGAAAUGCGGUACCAACGGCCUCUGGACCGGAUCAGCACCGGCUUGCAAAUACGUGAACUGCGGCCCUCUGGAGGACAUCCCGCACGGUACCGUGGAGAUCCGCGAUGGUGGUACCACGUGGUACGGCGCCGAGGCGUCGUACACCUGUCACGAGAACUACACGCUGAUCGGACGCGAGAUCAGAAGGUGUUCGGGCGACGGGAGAUGGACCGAAGAGGCGCCUCGUUGUCUGUUCGAUUGGUGUCCGGAACCGCCGCCCAUCCAGGGGGGCGGCGUCUCGUCGAGCGGCAGAAGGGCCGGCGAUACGGCGACUUAUCGAUGUCAUACGGGUCAUAUUACCAUAGGGGAACAGAUUUUAUCCUGUCGAUUGGGCGGCGAAUGGUCGGGAAAAGCGCCGACGUGCAAGUACGUGGAUUGCGGCUCCCCCGCCCACAUAGAUAACGGGAAAUACGAACUACUCAACGGUACCACCACCGUGGAGAGUCUGGUCGAGUACUCUUGCAUAGCGGAUUACUGGAUGACCGGCCAGAAGCAACAGAAAUGCACCAGGGAGGGCAAAUGGUCGGCCGAUGCGCCAUCUUGCGAACUGAUCACGUGCGAGGAACCCGAAGUACCUGCGGGAAGUUACGUGGUCGGGUACGAUUUCAACGUUCAUUCGGCGAUCGAGUACCACUGCGAAGUCGGUCAUAUUCUCCUCGGUGAUUCUACGCAUACUUGUAACAGUAACGGCGAAUGGUCGGGUACUACCCCUACUUGUGAAUUCAUCGAUUGUGGCAAAGUGGCGGAACUUCAAAACGGCGAAACGUCAUACGUAAACGGUACCACCUACUUGAAUAGCGAAAUUUCGUACAGUUGUUACAAAAAUUUCAAGCUCAACGGCGUCUCGAAAAGGACCUGCUUGGAUAACAAGCAAUGGAGCGAUGUAGCACCGAAAUGCGAAGAAAUCCGCUGCCCGGAACCGACUUUGGCCGAACACGGGAUACUAUCGGUGACCGGCAACGAUCGAUUGUACGGUAGAACUCUCAUCAGAACCCAGGAGUCUACCAACUCGGGUACUUCGUACAAAAUCGGCGCCCUGUUGAAGUACCGCUGCGAAAGAGGCUACAAAAUCGUCGGGGAACCGUUGAGGACGUGCGAAGACGACGGCAGGUGGAGCGGCAACGUGCCGGAAUGCGUCUACGUCGAUUGCGGUACUCCGGAACCCAUCGAACACGGCAACGUGAUGUUACCUUCGAACGUGACGUACUACGGAGUACUUGCGCUGUACGCUUGCAGGGAGAAUUACGAAUUGAACGGGGUGUCGAGGAGGCUGUGCCAGGAGAACGGUACUUGGAGUUCGGAUACGCCGAGUUGCAGAGAAAUCCAAUGCAAAGAACCGGAAGCUCCGAAUGGAUUGAUUGUAACUGUCAACACUUACAGCGUAGGAGGCUUGGUGAAGUACCAAUGUCCUCGAGGACAUACUAUGGAAGGGAACGAUACUAGGGUUUGUUUGAAACGAGGAGAAUGGAGCGGAAAUCCACCUUUAUGCAUUGCUGUAGAUUGUCAUCAACCGGAAGAUAUAGAGAACGGUAGAGUUUUAGCGGUGAACGGUACUACUUACAACAGCGCCAUCGAGUACCAUUGCGUACCGAAUUUCGUAAGGGUCGGACCAUAUUUGAGGAAGUGCAUGGAAUCAGGAGAAUGGUCCGGUGAAACUCCCACUUGCAAAGCAUUCUCCGAAGCCCCACAAGACGCCUCCAACAUGACCACCCACAUCGGCAUAGGCGCUGGAAUCGUCCUCUUUCUCCUCCUACUACUCGGACUGAUUUACCUCAAACUGAGAAAACCCGUCGCCGUAAAAAACACGGAAAACGUAGAAGGCGCCGAACGCAAAGAAGACAGAAGCGCAGCGGUGAUGAGUUAUUCGACGUUGACAGAUCGAAACGGAGGAUGCGGAAAUGUCUACGAGAACAUCAACGGAGGCGGCGACGAAAACGUCUACGACGCCCCCUACGAGGAAACGGGACGAAGGAGUAGCGGGGAAUACGAACCCGAACCCGUCGGAAGGACCAACGGGGUAACCAUCAAUGGCGUCGCUGUCAGAUGAUACCCUCAAUCAAAGUUGACAGAUUUGACGGCUUGUCAGGUUUUUCCAUUAUAUGACAGAUUGUGCAAAUGUUGACAGAUUUGACAGUAUGUCA